AUGACUUUGUAUGGACAUGACAAAUGAACCCAUCCCUUCUACCUCACAAGUGGUCCUUUUCCAUUUAAUACAAUGGUUCCCUAUUCUUAUCUUGCACUCUCUUUUACUUUCUUCUCUUAUCCUACCCACCUAUUUUCUUUCCUUCUCUCCAACUCCCAAAAGAACCUCAGCUGAACAAAAGCAUCAAGAGGCAUCCCCACCUGCAUAAAACUUCCCUACUGAACUUGAAAAACUAGUAAGAAGGCACAAAAGUAUUAUUCAGGAUCUUCAAGCAAGAGGGAUAAUGUCUGCUUCUUCUUCUUCUGUAGUAUGGAGCAGAGAAGAAGACAUAGCUUUUGAGAGCGCCAUUGCCAUGCACUGGACUGGGGACUCUAAGGAACAGUGGGACAAGAUUGCUUCUAUGGUUCCUAAUAAAAGCAUUGAUGAGUUGAAGCAACACUAUAAAACACUUGUUGAAGAUGUUGAAGCAAUUGAAGGUGGACUUGUGCCACUUCCCAAUUACAGUGGGGAAGAAGCUUCUUCGUCGACUAAGGACCAUCAAAGCUUCUCUGCCAUUACAGCUACCGACAGGCGUUCUAAUUUUGGUUAUAGGAGUGCAUUUCCAGGAUUAGGUCAUGAUUCUAGUGGUCAGGGAGGAGGAAAAGGAGGAUCCAGGUCAGAGCAAGAGCGCCGGAAAGGGAUUCCUUGGACCGAAGAAGAGCAUAGGUUAUUUUUGCUUGGUCUAGACAAGUUUGGGAAAGGGGAUUGGAGAAGCAUUUCCAGAAACUUUGUCAUAUCCAGAACCCCAACACAGGUUGCAAGCCAUGCUCAGAAAUACUUCAUUCGUUUGAAUUCUAUGAGUAGAGAUAGAAGGAGAUCCAGUAUCCAUGAUAUUACCAGCGUGAACAAUGGAGAUGUUUCUAGUCAUCAGGCACCCAUAACAGGCCAACAAACCAACACAACCCCAUCAGCUACUGUUGCUGCUGCUCUGGGACCAGCAAUGAAGCACAGGGGACAACAAACUAUGCAUGGAUUGGGGGUAUACGGCGCACCGGUAGGUCAUCCGGUUGUUGCUGCUGCUGCUGCUCCUGGUCACAUGGCAUCUGCAGUUGGCACACCUGUACUGCUUCCUCAUGGGCAUCAUCCCCCUUAUGUUGUGCCCCUUGCAUAUCCAAUGGCACCACCUCAGCCAAUGCACCAAUAACACAGUUCCUCGCAUAUUUGGUUUAUGACUUCAUUGAUACGAGGAGAUAAUUCUACAUCACUUUUUUAACGGACGGUGGAAAUGCUGGCUUUGACGACCCAUAAUUGUACGAGUUGGGCACAAGAAGAUUCUGUUCAGCAAACUAAUACCCGCAUCAUAUUCCUCGUAUGUGUUGUACAUAUAGGACUCGGAAAAACAUUUCUGUAUCUGUUUGGAUUGCCCUUUUUUUUUCACAAACUAUUUUUGUUUGUGGAGUCUAUGCUGACUCCAUAAACAACUGUAAAAACAACUCCAAAAACACACUCAAUUACACUAAUAAAAAUAAAAUAAGCCCUCAUCCUCUCCCUUCUUCCAAACACCACCACCACCACCACCUACCGCUAGCAGCCACCAUCCCCCCUCCCCUCUAUACCCUCCUCCCUCUACCCCACCUCGCCCAACCCCUCGAAAACACCUUAUCCAUAUGGAUGUUCUUUGUUUUAGCAAUCUUCAUUAAAGAUUCUAUAAACUCCAAUCAUUCUACAUUCCAGAUCUUAAGAUUGUUGCAAUGUACUAUAAUCCUACAACAUAGAAGACAAAAGCAACUUCCAAACCAGAGACGGAAGAAGCAGGAAAGAGUGUAGCUCUUCUACUUUCUCCAGUGAUUGCCCGGGGAAUUGGGAGAUAUUAACAAACAGAAAUGAAGAGCGAAUAAACAUGUAAUAAUCCCUCCCUCUUUCUCUGAAGACAGACGAUGCCUACCCCCAGAAGAGCCUCAAUCUAAGUCGCAUUUAAAAUGGUCAAUCUCAGAGCUUUCUUC